UUUGCUUUAGGUAUGCAACUGCAAGUGCACGCUCUGAUGGUCUUCUUCUGCUAUGCGGAGGGAGGGAUGCUAACAGCGUGCCUUUAUCAAGUGCAUAUGGUCUUGCAAAACACAGGGAUGGGCGUUGGGAAUGGGCUAUGGCUCCUGGUGUCUCUCCGUCUCCAAGAUACCAGCAUGCAGCUGUUUUUGUUAAUGCAAGACUUCAUGUGUCUGGAGGGGCCCUUGGUGGUGGACGGAUGGUAGAUGACUCUUCAAGCAUUGCAGUGUUGGAUACUGCUGCUGGAGUUUGGUGUGAUACAAAGUCUGUUGUCACUAGUCCCAGGACAGGUAGAUAUAGUGCAGAUGCAGCUGGUGGUGAUGCAUCUGUUGAGCUCACACGGCGUUGUAGGCAUGCAGCCGCUGCAGUUGGAGAUUUGAUCUUUAUUUAUGGAGGGUUACGUGGAGGUGUGCUUCUUGAUGAUUUACUUGCUGCUGAAGAUCUGGCUGCUGCUGAAACAACAAGUGCCGCUUCUCAUGCUGCAGCAGCAGCUGCUUCUCUUAAUGUACAAUCUGGAAGAAUGCCUGGAAGAUACACAUAUUCUGAUGAAAGAUCAAGGCAAGAUAUUCCUGAAACAGUUCCUGAUGGUGAAAUCAUGGUGGGAACUCCUGUUGCUCCUCCAGUAAAUGGGGAUAUGUACACUGACAUAAGCACUGAAAACGCAUUGCUGCAGGGAUCAAGGAGACCGAGCAAAGGUGUUGAGUAUUUAGUCGAAGCCUCAGCAGCAGAGGCUGAGGCAAUUAGUGCUACUUUAGCUGCUGCGAAGGCACGACAAAUUAAUGGUGAAGUUGAACAAUUGCCCGAUAGAGAUCGUGGUUCAGAAGCCACACCAAGUGGGAAGCCAAUCUCAAGCAUGGAUAAGGUGCCAGAUCCUUUUGCAAAUAAUACACCACCAGCAGGGGUUCGGCUUCACCACAGAGCGGUGGUGGUAGCUGCAGAGACAGGAGGUGCGUUGGGUGGUAUGGUCAGACAGCUUUCAAUCGAUCAGUUUGAAAAUGAAGGCAGGAGGGUCAGUUAUGGUACUCCUGAGAGUGCGACUGCAGCCAGGAAGUUGUUAGAUAGACAAAUGUCUAUUAAUACUGUGCCCAAAAAGGUUAUAGCACAUCUUUUGAAGCCACGUGGUUGGAAGCCCCCUGUACAGAGACAGUUUUUCUUAGAUUGCAAUGAAAUUGCAGAUCUGUGUGACAGUGCCGAAAGAAUAUUUACUGGGGAGCCAAGUGUUCUACAAAUAAAAGCUCCUGUCAAGAUCUUUGGUGAUUUACAUGGUCAGUUUGGAGAUCUCAUGCGGUUAUUUGAUGAGUAUGGAGCUCCUUCAACAGCAGGGGACGUAGCUUAUAUCGAUUACCUCUUCUUGGGAGACUAUGUUGAUCGUGGUCAGCAUAGCUUAGAGACAAUUUCUCUUCUUCUUGCAUUGAAGGUUGAGCAUCCUCAUAAUGUACAUUUAAUCCGUGGAAAUCAUGAGGCAGCAGAUAUCAAUGCUUUAUUUGGCUUCCGGAUUGAGUGCAUCGAGCGAAUGGGAGAGCGAGAUGGGAUCUGGACCUGGCAUCGCUUUAACCGACUUUUUAAUUGGCUGCCUUUAGCCGCAUUGAUUGAAAAGAAAAUUAUCUGCAUGCAUGGUGGGAUAGGUCGGUCCAUAAAUCAUGUGGAGCAGAUUGAGAACCUUCAGCGUCCAAUCACAAUGGAAGCAGGCUCGAUAGUUCUUAUGGAUCUUCUGUGGUCUGAUCCUACUGAAAAUGAUAGCGUUGAGGGGCUUCGACCAAAUGCUAGGGGUCCAGGCCUCGUCACUUUUGGGCCUGAUCGUGUUAUGGAGUUCUGCAAUAACAAUGACCUCCAGUUGAUAGUACGAGCACAUGAGUGUGUGAUGGAUGGUUUUGAGCGUUUUGCUCAGGGACAUUUGAUUACUCUUUUCUCUGCAACCAAUUAUUGUGGGACUGCAAACAAUGCAGGGGCAAUUUUGGUUUUAGGAAGAGACCUUGUGGUUGUCCCAAAACUCAUUCAUCCUUUACCCCCUGCCAUUAGUUCACCUGAUGCGUCGCCAGAGCAUCACACCGAAGAUACAUGGAUGCAGGAACUCAAUGCCAACAGGCCCCCGACACCAACCCGGGGCCGACCUCAAUCAUCUAAUGAUCGAGGUUCUCUUGCCUGGAUAUAGCAAUCAUCUGAGAGAUGCUGCAGUCAAUCAUAUUCUCUGUCUGGUCUGAGGCUUUACUGGGAUAUGUGACUGGCCCAUUUCAAACACAAGGAACCAUUUUUGCUAGUUUGAAGCGACAUCGAUCACUGCUGUAAAGGUCUAUAAGAGGUCAGCACAAGAGCUACACGUUGAAGUUGCAAAGAAAAAGCUGGCAUCUGUGGAUGAGCAACUGAUACAUAACCCAACACGUAUCAUGUGGCUGGUUCACUGCACCUGGAUGAAACCAGUCCGAAGCUGCCUCAGUUCCUUGCAAGGUUCACCUGUGUAUAUGUAGCUGCCGGAUAGGUGUGUGUGUACGUUGGUUUUCUAUUCACCAUUGGAAUUAUUGAUAGGUUCUCUCUGGUAUGUAUGUAUUCUUUGGUGCAUUCAGUUUUGUUUGAGGGACACAAAAUAGUUUUGGUAACAGCCACACGAGUUCUAAGAUCCAUGGGAAGUCCUGUAUCAUAGCGCUAUCUCUACUUGCAGCACUUGUAUUUUUGUUGGUGGUGGGUCUGGUACCUGGCGAAUUCAAAUUUAUUCUGAGCAAACAUUAUGGUCA